GUCCAGAUUAUUUAACUGGGUCAUGGAGGACUUCGAGACUAUUUCAUCGCCGUCCAAAGCCCGCCAAGCAGCUUCUCAGGCGAAAGAUUGGGCAUACGUUAUGAACUGGCUGAACCAUAAGUAUGCAAAUUCUCCAAACCGUGUUCCGAAUUUCGAGCGCAAUGAAGAUACCCUCAAAGUCCUCCUGAACCUGGCUGCAGCCAAUGACACCGCAGAUGAAGAAGAGGCGCUCAUACAUCGUGUCAGAGAGGAAACAAUCGGCCUCCUAAAGGCUGAAGAGAUUGAAUCUCCAAAUUUGAAACUUGAUCUUCUCGAGGAUAUCCAAGCUGCCCUUAGUGACGAAAGCUCGAACCUCCUCCAAGACCUCGCCGAAACAGUGGUUCUGUUAGGUGUGCCCACCGCGGAUGUUGGGAAUCGUGAUCGAAGUCUUUUGAAUAUGACAAGGGCGGAGUUCGACGCCACUGAGCAGCUACGAAAACUGGAAGAAUUGCAGAAGUACCUGGAAAAAGAACUGGCUACGCUUCAUAUGCGACUUGAAGAGCUUAAGGACGAGCACAACUAUGAAACCCCUCCAGACCUCCCCGCCAAGACUAGCGAAUGGUUGAGGGGCAAGAGAACGGUAGAGGCAAAGGCUAAAGAGUAUCAAAGAAGAAUUAUGGCGGGCAGAAGUGCCUCGGACAGAGAGGGUACGAAAAUUGAGGAUCUAAUGGCUGAAGAGGAAAGAGUGGCCAAGAUAAGCGAAAACGUGAAGCGACUCGAAAAGAAAGUCGAAACCUUCCACGGGUUACCAUCUAAUAUUCUGGAUGCAAAAUUGGAAUAUCAGGAACUUGAGAGUGAACUUCGUUCUCUCAUUCAACAGCGUGACAAUUUGUUUGAAGGGUUAGUCGACAGGGGCAAAAGCCAAUAGGAACUUUCAUUCCUACUUGUCACCCUACAUUCUACAUUGAAAAGGACGUCAUA